AUGCGAACAAAGCAAGACAAGAGCGAGGAGCUGAAAGUCGGAGAUAGUGUCCGCAAGAUCAAGAACGUCGAUGCCGGAGAAAUGGGCAUCGUUCAAAGUGUUGAAAAGUUUGAUUCUGGCAUCAUAAAGGUGAAGGUGCUCAGCCAGAGCGGAAAACUUUGGUUUUCUCAGAGCCAGGACAAUUAUGAGAAGAUUCAGGAAGUCGUUGAGGUAAAAGAUAUUCCUCUGUGGAAUGAAGACAAAAAAACCAUGAAUCUGCCAUUUCCUGUUGAAUUCGAUCAAUGGCUACAAGGCGAUAAGAUAUUCGAUGAAAUCGAAAUAAAACGUCUUGAGGUGUCAUGGAGGGUACAUAGGAAAUCUGCACUUCCAAGGCAGUGCUCGAAACCAGAUGUCUGGAAAUGUUGCUGGGAGCACCAGAGAAAUGCAGCCAAGAAUGCUGAAGUUGGGCUUCCUGUGAGGCAAUACCCGAGAGCCGUGAUGGAAGUUCAUUGGAUCCCUUCUUGGUUCCACAAGCUCUUCAAAGUGGACAUGUGGGGGAAUAUCAUAUCAGUCGAUGGCUUGCAAGGAGCCAUGUGCUAUGCUGAAGAGGAUCACUUGUUUCCCUCCAGCAGAGGUGGGAGGACUUCCCUCGCAAACCUCGUGUUGAUCCAGUUCGUCGCCAAUAGGAAGAAGAAAGAGAAAAUUCUUCCGUUUCUCACCGCAGACGAAGAGGCAGCCCUUUCAUGCGGACUCCAGGAGCAUCAGUUCCUUGCCAUUACCAACCACUCCUGGAGAAUGUUUGGAUGCAAGGAGAGGAACUUUGGACAACUGUAUGCUUUCCUCACGCAACCCCUUGGCUGGGAGACUGGCGACUUGGAGGCUUUGCAAAAUCUGAACGAAGGGGAUGCUCUAUGGGCAUAUUUCCACCAGAAGUGGUGUGCUCACAACCAAAGAGAGGAAGAAAAACGAAAUCCUUUCAUGUAG